GGGAGUGUGUGCUAGAAUAAUAUCAAGGGAACUUCACUCUGUACCUAACACUGCCCUGGAAGUGUGUGAUUGCACAAUAUACAGGGAGCUUCACUGUAUCUAAACAGCACUCUCCCUGUUCUGUGACUGUGGAACCACGUUUCUGUGUUGCAGGUGGUAGGUCCCCUUGUCUGAAAGAUUGUUUAAGAGAAUUGGCUUGUCUUCUGUGGUUAAACAACAGCUUUACGGUCAUGUCUGUUUCCAGCAGCGAGUUAUUUCACAAGUUAACUCACUUAUCCAGUUUAACUUCAGCCUCUGGCUUUACUGGUAGUGUCAAAAACACUGAACUGGUGGAUUAUAUCUGUACUACACUGAUAUACUGUGAGAGUAAAUCACUGCUAAUCAGAUGUAAAGCAUUCUGAAACUGCACCCCCCCCCAUACUCACAAUAGGCUGGACAACAUUGCAUUUUGAACACUUGCACCUCAGAAAAUGGUUUUAGAGGUCCCGCUAUCAAUGGUUGAUCUUUCUGUUGCUGAGGGGUCAGAGUGCAGCGGGGAAGUAGGAUGGGGAGGAAGAAGAGUCAGGAAAAAAAUGGGAAAGUCAGGAAUAUUGUCCCUUUUGUAAAAGGGAUAGUGUCAAGAACACACAGCAGGCGAGGGGGCAUGGAAGGAGUGAGGAAGUCCCCAGGGUGAAAAGAGGGAAAUCAGUCAACAGCAGCAUGAAAGUGACAGAGUAGAUUCAGGAUUGCAAAAAGGGUGGUAAGCACAGAGCACUCUAGAGGCGGCUGGGGUUGGGAGAAAGGCAGAAGGGAUCUAAUGAAGGGUUUCAGUCGAAAAUGUCGACUGUUCAUUCCCUUCCACAGAUGCUGCUUUGAUAAUACUCCUUUCACAAUAGGUGCAUGAGUAGGCCAUUCGGCCCUUUGAGCCAGCACCACCAUUCACUGUGAUCAUGGCUGAUCAUCCACUAUCAGUAUUCAGUUCCUGCCUUAUCCCCAUAACCUUUGAUUCUGCUAUCUUUAAGAGCUCUAUCCAUCUCUUUCUUGAAAGCAUCCAGAGACUUGGCCUCCACAGCCUUCUGGGGCAGAGCAUUUCAUAUAUCCACCACUCUCUGAGUAAAAAAGCUUUUCCCUCAACUCCGUUCUAAAUGGCCUACCCCUUAUUCUUAAACUGCGGCCUCUGGUUCUGGACUCACCCAUCAGCGGGAACAUGCUUCCUGCCUCCAGCGUGUCCAAUCCCUUAAUAGUCUUAUAUGUUUCAAUAAGAUUCCCUCUCAGCCUUCUAAAUUCCAGAGUAUACAAGCCCAGUCGCUCCAAUCUUUCGACAUAUGACAGUCCCGCCAUCCCAGGAAUUAACCUUGUGAACCUACGCUGCACUCUCUCCAUAGCAAGAAUGUCCUUCCUCAAAUUUGGAGAUCAAAACUGCACACAUUACGUGGUCUCACCAGGGCCCUAUAACAGCUGCAGAAGGACCCCUUUGCUCUUAUACUCAAUUCCCCUUGUUAUGAAGGCCAGCAUGCCAUUAGCUUUCUUCACUGCCUGCUGUACUUGCAUGCUUGCUUUCAGUGACUGAUGUAGAAGAACACCUAGUUCCUAGUUGACCUGCUGAGUUCCUCCAGCAUUUUCUGUGUGUUGCUCUGGAUUUCCAGCAGUUGCAAAAUCUGCAAUAUUUAUGCCCAUGGGGAUUGUAACAGGGCAGCAACCCCAACACCGCACAGUGGACUGGGAGACGGAGGGAUGGAUGGUGCAGGACACCCCAAGGGUUGGUGGGUGGGGAAGGAAACCCAAACCCCUCGCCCUGAUUGACAAAAGGGCAGGGGCAGAAACACGAGAAGGGGUGGGGGAAUAGGCAAGAAACUCCUACAAUGGGUGCAGGGCGCCCUAUAAGGAUUGGGGAAGAGAGGCAGAGCUACCCCUCCCCGGGGUGGGAGGGAAGAACCGCACCCCGUUGGGGGUGGAAUAAGAAUUUCCCCACCCCUCUCAUAACGGGGUGAGGGGCCGGACAACCACACCCCCCCCCCCCCGCGCCGGAGGGUCGGAGCUAGAGGAAUAGCUACAGACAUCCCACCCUGACGGGGAGUGCGGGCAAGAAACGGCCAACAGCCACGAGGGGGUUAAGUGCCGGCACCUACGCGCCGCCGCGUCUGCGCGUUGACGGCCGCGCUGCGGCCUCGGCCCGGGGGGAGAGAAAGAGAUGGGGGGAGGGGGGGGCUGGAAAAUUCCACCACCACCACCACCUCCCCACCAUAGGGAAAGGAUUCGAACUACCGGGCCUUCGGCCUGCCUGGCGAUUUGGAGGGGGGGGUGAAACACGGUCCGCCAUAAGAAAAAUGAACAGGGGGUAGGGGAAAUAAUGAGCAAAAGGGAGAUAAUUUAUUCCAACGGAUGGUGGGAAUGUAAAGUUGCCUCAGAACAUACAUAUAUAUACACACACAAUAUAGAUAUAUUAUGUACAGAAACAGCAGUUGGGUGGAGAGGAGAGCGCCCCGGGCCCGCUCCCUGACCCGGCGCCCUUCUCCUCCGCUUUGAGUGACAGGUCGCGGCGGUUGGAGCGGCGCGCGUGGCGGCUUUUCAAUUUCAAACGCGGGGUCGGCUCGAGCCCGGCGGCGGUCUGACGCGACCCCCCUCCCCUGGGCGGCUGAAGACACUCGCUAAAAGAAAAGGGCGCGCGUCUCUGAAACCUGUGCAGGAGAGCAUUUAAAGUGUAAAAGCAGAACCACUCUCUCUCUCAACCUCAGAAGUCUGGGUCCAGUGGUACAAACAGAUGUCACAACCGGAGUCUUCCUUUGUUGAAGUGGAUUAUCACGUCAUGUUCUUUGCCCUACUGCCUUAGAUCUCACUUUAGAUCUUAUCCGCAUAGUCCACCAGAACUGACCUCAAGUGCUAGGACAAGCAUGAGACCUGCCAGUUACCCCCACUUGGCUUAGCCUGCUUGUUGAAGUGGUGUACUGGGGUGUGGCCACUGUCACAUGCAAACAGCUACUUGGAGCCACUGGUGAAAGAUGUGUGCUUGUUCUAAGAUUUGAUCGCGUGGCUGAAGAAUUCAGGUCACUAAUUGGAGUUUGUUUUGAAUCUUCUAUCUUCUGUUCUUUGACAAAGUACUGUGGAUUGAGUUCAUAACAAUGCAUUUCCUAAAAGCUGUGAACCUAGUUUCAUUUGUAACAGUGCAUCUCUGGCGCCUCUGAGACAAGAAUGCAAAGUUUACAGGUUGUCCGAACCAGCUCAGGAACACACAAGAUUGGAUUAGACUAUAGCAAUGAGCAAUAAAGCCAGAGAUAUUGGAUAUCAUUAUGCUUCUGGAAGUGCAAAACGUAAAGCGAAGGAAGAAAAAGAAAUAAGAAACCAACUUGUGAUAUCAAAAACACGCAAGUCGACAGAAUAUUUUGAUGUUCAUGGAGAUGGUGAUGGUGCUAUAACGGCUGAAGCUGGAAAUAUAGGAACAACUAGUACUAGUGCGGCAGGAGGCAUGAUACAGCAACAGCCAGCAUCCAUUGAAUGUGAAAGAACAAGUACUCUAAUGACAUUGGUGAAUGGCCAAACAAUCUAGAUGAUUGUGAUCAUGAAUAUUGGAUAACCAAGGGAAGUGAUGAAUGUCAACACACUGAGAGUGACUUCUCUUCAUCCAUGCGAUUGUAUGACAAUGAAAAGAAACCUUGGCACUGUCAGAAGUCUUAUUUUACAUAUGUUCAUAAACCUACAAACAAGCAACAUGCAGGAAAUUGGUUAUGCUAUUCAGAAAGCAAAGGAAGCAUAUUCUGUUUCCCAUACAAGUUUAUGACUUCAGGAUGUUCAUCAAAGUCUAGUGAACAGGGGUUUGAUGACUGGAAAAGUGCAAGCAAUCUAUUACGUCAACAUGAAGAAAGUUCCUCACAUAGACAAGCUUUAAUUUCACCAUCGAUGUGCAAAAACAAAGCUAAGCGUGUUGCUUCCCACCUUGUGAAAGAAAUGGAGACUGAACAAAAGUAUUGGCGCACACUUCUAGAGCGAAUAAUUGAAGUUGUAAAGUUUUUAGCGGAAAGAGGCCUUUCAUUUCGUGGUAGUGAUGAAACUGUUGGCUCUCCUCAUAAUGGAAAUUACUUGGGGUUGUUAGAAUUACUGGCCAAGUUUGACCCUUUUCUGGCAGAGCAUACAAAUGCUCAUGCAAACCAAGGAAGGGGACAUAAAUCAUACCUAUGUGAGGAAUUCAUCAAUUUGAUUGGAUCCAGCAUACUGGAUCACAUUAUCGGUGAAGUGAAGAAAUACAAGUAUUAUUCUGCUUCAUUGGAUUCUACUCCAGAUAUAUCUAAUGUGGACCAGCUGACUUUGACUGUGCGCUAUGUUUUGCCGUCUGGACCAGUUGAAAGAUUUGUGAAGUUUUUGGGUAUGGAGGGUCAUAGUGCUGAACAGCUCACUCAAGGUUUACUUGACUUUUUAAAGGAAAAUGACAUUGAUAUAAAAGACUGCCGUGGUCAAAGUUACGACAAUGCCAGCAACAUGAGUGGCAAGUAUAGUGGCUUACAAGCACGAAUUAAAGAGCUGAAUGAGUUUGCAGAUUAUAUUCCAUGUUUUGCACAUUCGACUGGUGGCGCAGUGGGAUCAGCACCGGGCUCGAGAACAGAGGUUCCCAAGUUCGAUCCAGUGACAGACCGCCCCCAUAUCUGCUCUCCAUCCGCACCAGGUUGAUGUUGAGCUCGCAACUCGGCCUCGUAAAAUAAUACUGCGAAAUGUCUGCGUGAGGAGUGGCGCCCCACACAGCCUUUCGAACUGCGCCUUGUAAGGCAUGAAAAUGCCCGACACUGGACUCUCAGGUCUGAGUCGACAUCAUCAUCGUCAUCAUCAUCAUCAUUUGCACAUUCACUAAAUUUGGUCCAAAAAUGUGCUGCUGAAUGUUGUCAAGAAGCAUUAGUUUUCUUUCAAUUUGUAGAAAGCCUGUACAUAUUUUUUUCUGCUUCUACUUAUCGGUGGGAUCUCCUUUCUGCUGCAUUAUCUGAUGGUGGUGCUCAUUUGCCCAUUGUGAAAAGAAUGUCAGAUACCAGGUGGUCAGCUCGUGCAGAUGCAACAAAAGCACUUUUACACAGCUUUUCUGCAAUAAAACAAGUCUUGGAUGACAUUUCAAAUAAUAAUGGUCAGAAAAGGCAAAGUGUUGACAACAGGCUCGUGGACUACUUUCAACCAUGAUGAAGUUGGAAACAGGAAUAAUGGUCAUAUUGUGGGAUCAAGUAUUACAGCAUUUUCAAAUGACCAGUGCUUCUUUGCAAUCUUCUGGCCAAGACUUGAACACAGUUUGUGCACUUGAUGAAUCCUUGCAUGGAUAUAUUCAAGCUAUGCAGUCUACUUUUUCAGACAUUGAGCAAAAAGCCAAGGAUCUGACUAAGUGUGAAGAUUAUCAACAGUGAACUCAAAGAAAACACAAGCAAAAUCACACGUAUGAUGAGUUCAGUGGUUCCAGCACUCUUGAUCCUCUUGUUGAAUCUCAAAUGCCUUCUUAGAAGUUUAAAAGCCGAACGUUUCUGCCAUUAUUGACAGCUUGCUUUCUGCCCUGUCAAAAAGGCAGAAAGCUUAUCUAAAGGUGAAUGGUGUUUUUGGAUUCCUUCAUCAGUUACAGUCUUUUACACCUGAAGAGAUCGUAAAGAGGUCAUCAAAUCUUAUUAAAUCAUAUCCAGAAGAUCUGGAAGCAAGUCUUAAUGAAGAAUUUGUGCAGUUUACUGAACUGUCGAAAACUGAUCUUGCUUCUCAUAUUGGCACCAAACAAGACCUUGUAGAGUUACAGUUGUAUCAUUUGAUAACUGACAAUCUUUUGGAGUCAUGUUUUCAAAUAUAAAAAAUGCCUUGCGCAUCUAUUUGUCACUCAUAGUUACCAACUGCAGUGGAGAACGCUCAUCUUCAAAACUGAAAAGGAUUAAAAAUGAACUAAGGAGCACCAUGGGUCAAAACAGAUUGAACAAUCUCACUCGAAUGAGCAUUGAACAUGAACUUCUGCAUGAAAUAGACAUUUCCAGUAUCAUCAACAAAUUUGCUCAUGCUAAAUCUAGAAAAUCUAACUUUGAAAUUGUAGUUUUGUUACUUUUGACAUUUGAAAUUGAAACCUACAUGUAAGUAAUACUAUUACUGAAGUGUCAGACAUUUGUCGUAUUAUCUGGCUGUAUAGCAAAUGAAAAAAAUUGAAUUACUUUACUAUGCAAGUAAAUAAUUUAUGUUUUCAUACUUAUGUGCAUUUUUUUAAAUUUAGGGUCCCUUUAUAACAUAUGCUACAGGCCCCACACCAGCUUAAUCCGGCCCUGCUCACACCUAUAUCAUUUCUUACAGCACAGUAACUGAAAUUCUCCCAUGCACAUAUCAUUCGUUGUCGCGCAAUAACUGAAAUUCUCCCAUACACAUAUCAUUCGUUGUCGCGCAAUAACUGAAAUUCUCCCAUACACAUAUCGUAUAUCACAGCGCAGUAACUGAAAUUCUCCCAUAUACAUAUCAUUCGUUGUUGCACAGUAAUUGAAAUUCUCCCACGCACAUAUCAUUUAUUGUCAUGCAGUAAGCGAAAUUCUCCCACGCAGAUAUUGUUUGUUGUGGCGCAGUAACCAAAAUUCUCUUGUGCACGUACCAUUUGUCACCGCGCAGUAACUGAAAUUCUCCCACGCACAUAUCCGUUGUCACCACUCGGUAACUGAAAUCCUCCUGUGCACAUAUCAUUUGUUGUCAUGCAGUAACUGAAAUUCUCCCGUGCAGAUAUCAUUUAUUAUCAUGCGGUAACUGAAAUUCUCCCGUG